CAGGGAGGUCAAACCUUGCGCGGGCAAGUCUUUACCUUGCGAGGGUUUCUACAUUGCGCUCAACUUUGUUUUGGCUGCUGAAAUCCUCCCAAAACAAUCGGUCCUGCUUGCGAAUAUUUAAUCUGGUGAAAUUUGGAAAUUCAGCAUGUAGGGAAAAUCACCAUAAAUAGAGAAGCAAAUUUAAGUAACAAACAUGUCAGACUCCUGGAUAGGUCCCAUGUUGCCCCCAAGUAUCGCCAGAGAUAGGAGAGGCAUUGGAGGAGAAAGCCCCCAGGGUAACAUUGGUCCAACCUUACCACCCCAUUUCAAGUCAAGUUCAGAGCAGAAUUUAUUGGGGAGCGGUGAAUUCAUUGAACGAGGAAUAGGCCCAAUGCCGCCUGGGAACUCAAACUCAAACCUCAAUAAUGAAGAUAUCGGUCCCUCGUUACCACCCAAUCUCAGAAGAGGUCAAGCACAAGAGGGACCGAGCCUUCCUCCAAGAUCAUUACAAAGAGACUCAGAGUCAGACUCGGGCACAGAAGAAACCUACGGACCUUCUCUUCCCCCAGCUUACUCUAAACCGGACCACAUCCUAGGUCCAACUUUACCGCCAGGAUUCAGAAGACCCUGGGAAGAUGCUCCGGAGUCAGAUGAGGACUCUGAGGAAGACAGUUCCGAGGAGGAGGUCAUUGGUCCGAUGCCGGCCUCGGAGUAUGACUAUAGACAAGGGAAAUCUGCAGCUGAAGAGUUGGAAGCCAGAGCAGCUGCUAUGAAGGAUAAGCUCACACAAAAGGACGAAGACGUUGCACAAUCCAGGGAUUCUUGGAUGACUGAGCUUCCUGAAUUCUCCAAGAGUUUUGGGAUGGGGCCUCGGACAUUCCGUAAGAAUGCUCGACCAGAUGAGAAGGACAGAUCAGGCUGGACUGAAACCCCAGCAGAUAGGGCCAAGAAAGAACAGGAGAGAAUGGAGCGAGCUGUAGCAGCAGAACAGGCGAUGGCAUCAUCCUCCAAAUCAUCCAGGAAGAAGAAGAAAGAUAAAAAAGAAAUUAAAAUGUCCGAAAGAGACAGGGGGAUGGCCGAGACAGUACAGAAGCACAACGAGAGAGCAAGGGCGGAGUCGUUGAUGGAUAUUCAUUCUAAGAACAGGAAGAGAAAAAUGGCGGAGCAAGGUACUUCAGAGAAUGAAAGACGUCCCUUUGACAGAGAAAAUGAUCUGCAGGUUAAUCGGUUCGACGAUGCCCGACGGAAGCAACUCUUAAAGAAAUCCGCCCAUCUGGGAGAAAAAUUCAGCCACAGUACCGAUAAAGUUUACUUGUAAUGUUAAAGAUUUGGCCUUGGUGCCUCUCCAAAAGAUUGCUGUAGAUUUUUAUUUUUUCCUGAGGGAAGUGCCCUUUGUAAAAGGAAAAUAAAGUUGCCCUCUCACAGAUAAAAUUCCAGGCAUUUCAGAUAAUCACCGAAUGUCUGUAGAGUGGAAGUGUCGUGGCCAAGCAAUUGAGAGCAUCAAAUGUAAGCUCUGCUGUAUUUAAUCUACAGAGUGUGGGUUAGAAUCCCGGUCGUGACACUUUUGUAUUUAAUCAAGACACUUGACCAUUGCAUGCUUCA